UGGGUGAGCUCUUUAAGUUUUAGGGUUUAGGUCGAUCUCUCUCAGCUGGGCCGGAUUUAGGGUUUAGGGUGACUGAAGCUGAUUUACCUGAGAUACUCAGCUGGGCGUGACCUCUCUCAGCAGGGGCGGAUCUGAAGUUGAUUUACCUGAGAUGCUAAGCUGGUUGAGCCCCCUAGGGUUUUUUAAAGUAACUUCAGUUAGGGUAUUUCAAGUUUAGGGUACAAUGUUGUAAAUAAAUCCAUUGUUUUGUUUAGGGUAUUUCAAGUUUAGGGUAUAAAACGAAUUGGGCUGCUCUAAUCUAGUUUUUCAAUUCGGUACAAUGUUGUAAAUAAAUCCAUUGUUUUGUUUUCUUCAGAUUGAGGCUUAUCAGAUCCCAGGAUUAUCAUAUCUGCUAGGUGUGUGGAGAGUGCAAGCUGUAGAUCGAAGCCAAAUGAAGCUCGAAAGAGAAGAUUGGAGUCUAUUUUCUGCAAGAACGUCUUCUACUGCUUGGGCUCUCCACGACACUAGCAGAUAUGACCAAAUAAAGCACAUUUCGGCUGAGCUGCAGCCCCCCCAUGAUGCUGUGGAAGGCAUGAACGUAUUCUACUGGUUCCAAAAUGCCCGUGCAAGAGAGAAACGGCCAAAAAAGAAAGGAGAAGAGGAAGUGGAUAGUGGAGCUCGCAGGAAUCCAUUGGUGGAUACGUCUGAUAUCAGAAAAUUGGAAUCAUUUCAUUUGCAUGCAGAUAUGUAAGGGUGUUGGCAUUCCUGCAAAACUGGUUUAUGUUUUGUGUAGUGUAGGGUUUCACAAACAGAGUCUGACUGAGGACAUUCUAAAUAUAAAAAUGUAGUA